AUGUGUACUGUUGCAGUAUCAUCGGAUAUCGUGUCACCUAAGGAGCUGGUGGAAACCUUGCAGUAUGAAGCCAAGGCGCGACCUGAUGACCAAGUAUACAAGUUUACCAGGGAUAUUAAAGACUUCUCCAGAUUCCAAGAUAAAUCUAAACUGCCACAAAAGAAUUUCACGUGGACUGAAGUGUCUCAGUACAACGGCGAGGAUGACCGCCAGCUCUACAUAGUGGUGUUGUGCACAGUGUAUGAUAUCACAGACUUCGGAGACUUUCAUCCAGGAGGUCCUCAAGUUUUGAAGGACCACGCCGGCCAAGAUGCAACUUCAGCGAUGCUAAACUGCAACAUAUCCAGCAGUGACACGCAGUACUUCAGGAGGUUCCAAGUCGGCUACAUUGUGGAUUCAAAUUCCGAAAAUGGAAAUUGUCAACCAAAAAGUUCCGGUGAAGGAUAA